GGGACAGCACUUCAACACUUGACUGCAUUAGUUGGACUUCAAGAUGGAUGAGAUUGGGAUUGAGAUAACAAAAGAGGAACCGACUUUCGAGUCGGUCGUCACCGAGAAGUCGCAAUUCUACGAGGAAAUGCAGCGAGAGGAGGACUAUUAUAUCAAGUACAAGAAGCUGGCACGACACCUUGAGAUGCUUGAGAUUCAAGAGAGCUAUAUUAAGGAUGAACAGGCGAAUCUGAAGCGCGAGCUUAUCCGGGCGCAAGAGGAGGUCAAGCGCAUACAGUCGGUCCCGCUUGUUAUCGGCCAGUUCCUAGAGCCUAUCGACCAGAACACCGGUAUCGUAGGCUCGACCACUGGAUCGAACUAUGUUGUCCGUAUCCUGUCGACACUUGACCGCGAACUCCUCAAGCCUUCAUCCUCUGUUGCUCUACAUCGCCAUUCCAACGCCCUCGUUGAUAUUCUUCCGCCAGAGGCAGAUUCGUCAAUUUCGAUGCUGUCGGCGGACGAGAAGCCAGAUGUUACCUAUCAAGAUGUCGGAGGCAUGGAUACACAAAAGCAGGAGAUUAGGGAGGCUGUAGAGCUGCCGUUAACACAGUUCGAUCUUUACAAGAAGAUCGGAAUUGACCCGCCCAGAGGUGUACUAUUAUACGGUCCUCCAGGUACUGGCAAGACUAUGCUAGUCAAGGCUGUAGCGCACCACACCACAGCAUCCUUCAUCCGUGUUGUUGGGUCUGAGUUCGUCCAAAAAUACCUUGGUGAAGGCCCGCGCAUGGUCCGCGACGUGUUCCGGCUUGCGCGCGAAAACGCACCAUCAAUCAUCUUCAUUGACGAGAUUGACGCCAUUGCGACCAAGCGAUUCGAUGCGCAAACAGGUGCUGAUCGUGAGGUACAGCGUAUUCUGCUGGAGCUGCUGAAUCAGAUGGAUGGUUUCGACCAAGGAAGUAAUGUCAAGGUCAUCAUGGCCACUAACCGUGCGGAUACCCUCGACCCCGCAUUGCUACGCCCAGGUCGGUUAGACCGGAAGAUCGAGUUCCCUCUGCCCUCAAGGAGAGAGAAACGGUUGAUCUUCCAAACUGUUACGAGCAAGAUGAAUCUGGGUCCAGAUGUGGAUCUGGAGGAUUAUGUAUCCCGUCCCGACAAGAUCUCCUCUGCAGAGAUUGCUGCUAUCUGCCAAGCAGCCGGCUUGCAAGCUGUGCGGAAGAAUCGUUAUGUAAUCUUACCGGGAGACUUUGAGGAAGCCUGGAAGGGAACGAUCAAACGUGGAGACGAGACGUUGGAGUUCUAUCGGUAGACGUGGUUACCUCUGUAACUAUACAUAUUCAGCGCAUAUAUC